AUGUCGUACUCUGACCCAAAGGAGCAAUUCACCGCCGCCGUCGCGGCAGCCACGGGCCUCCUGGCCGCCAAGCAUGUUGUCGUCAAGCUGCUCAAGGUCCGCGCGCGAGUCGGGUCGCAUGAAGAGGCCUGGAAGGAAGACGAGCACUUCCUGCAACGGACGCUUCUGGGACGCACCCUCUCGGCCGCGUUCCUCCCCUACGGCCCCCUGACGAGCAAGCAGGCGGUCGAGCGGCUCGCCGGCCUCGAGGACAACAUCGCCACCAACGAGCCCAUCCUCCUGCUCGCCGCCGCGGCCUACGGCUCCGCUGCAGACCCCGCGACACUCAAGGCCAUCGGGCUCCCGCUCCUCCUCACGGCCGUCGCGUGCCGCUUCGUCCACACCACGAGCUUCCUCACCUACCCGCACUCCCAGCCCUGGCGCGCGCUGAGCUGGACCGGCGGCCUCGCUGGAACGCUCUACUUUGGUGUUGUGGCUGCGGCGACGUACUGGAGGGCGCUGUACUGA